GUGAAAGUCACGCUCUCGCGACAUAAUUGGAAUUUUCGCGUCUUUUCCUUCACAACCACUACUCAUCGAGCAUGAACCGCAAGGUAGGUAUUGAGCGUUCCACAGGCCUUGCAGGAGGCGGAGUAGUGUCAGCCGAAUCGCAGCGCAACUACGAAAUCGGCGCGGAGCUCUGUCGCAAAAGAAAGCCAAAGGAGGCAGCCCCAUAUCUACUGAGGGCAAUACAGGAUCACAACAAUUUGGAUGCUUUCAUUGAGCUUUCUUUCCUUAUGCCUGACUCGGAGUCCAGAUUGGACGUGCUAGCUACUGCAGCUAAGGAGGGCCAAAGAUUACUCAAAUCGCGUCUUGGUCCUAACUGCUUCGACGAUAACGGUCCCUAUGCUGGCAGGUUCUGGGAGAUCCUCGAUACGCGUCCAUAUAUGCGCGUUUUGCAAGCACAAGUGCGCAUGUUCUUCGAAGGCGAAGAGUACAAGUCGUCUGCUGAGACCAUCAUCGAGAUGCUUCGUCUUUGUCCAGGAGACAAUCUCAAUCAGCGUACUUGGCUCGGACCUCUUCUUUGUCGCCUAGAACGCUACUCGGACGCGUUAUACUUCGCUCGUUUCUGGAUAGAAGAUUUCAUGGCGGACCGUCGGGUCUAUGUCCCUCCCUAUCGCGGCGGAACUGUGUUCAAAGCCCCGGAGCGUGGAUUAUUCUCUCCGGAAGACGAGAAAAACGCUAUCCCCAGUCCGAGUUCCAUGAGUUACACCGCAGCCUUUGCGUCGUUUAAGCUCUGGGGCGAUUGUGAGGAAUCGCGCCAAUAUCUGAGGAUCGCGUCCAAGGGUAACCCUCACGUAAUGAUCAAGGUGCUCGGUAGAAUCAAACGCCCUGAACAAUUGAACUCGAGUGCGCGAGGCUGGAACGGGCCAGAAGUUGCUCACGAUUAUCUCUGGCUGGUGCAAGAUUUGUGGAUGAAAGACGAUGUCUGGAAUUGGGCCAAUGAACAUCCUGAUGCGAAAGAAGCGACUUUUAAGAAAUGUGGAAAGCCCUCUUGUGGACUGAAAGAGACCCGUGCUGCAGAAUUCCAGCGGUGUUCAUCAUGUCAUCUGGUCUCGUACUGCAGUCAAGCGUGUCAAAAAGAUGACUGGAAGAGGCACAAACCUGACUGCCAAUAUCAUAAGAUGCAAAAAGCGGCGGUCCAAGCGUUCAGUGCCGGGAAAGCUCUACCCGAAGGAAGUACUAUUCCUAUUUUCGCCACCGACUUCUCUGGCGGCGCAGUUCAUCUUUAUGACGGGGAGCAGGCGACUGUCAAUGGUGUGCCGAUCCCAAAUUCCGACGGUAUGGCUUCAGCUUCGAAGAAGAAGAAGAAAAAUAAGAAGAAAAAGAAACCUGCUGAGAGCAACUAAGGCCGUACCUUUUGCUUCUUGUUUCAACUUUCUUCUAUUUUUCCAUGUGUUUUGUCUUCUUGUGAUACGUGUCCUCUGCACUACUAUGACACUCUGCCCUGUAAUAACAAGUACAUCAAUAGUCCUGAGCAGUGCGUGGAACAAGUGCCUUCGGCCUUGGGUCCGCAGGGUCUCGUGAUCCUUUCGGAUUUUCGGGCUGAACGAAGCUGAACUUCAACUCUACAAAGUUCUUACACUGCCCUUCGAAGCUCGUUGCUCGUAGACCACUUGUUCAUGUCUGGAUGGCGUCCCGGUGCGUAACGCAACAUCGUUGCAGGACUUGCAUAUUAUUGACGCCUUUCCAGUUUACCGAUGUCCGCUUAUCAAGACGCAAAUUUGCUUUCCUCAUUCCUUCCUUAUCAACAUCGCGACGACGAAUACGCCACUAUGGCACAGUGGACUUUCGGCUACUGCGAAUAUAAAAUACGGGGAAAUAAAUGAU